UUUUAAAGUCUCAUAAAUUGUAUUGACAUGAAUGGAUGCAACAAUAUUAUAUUUUAGUAAAAAUUAUUAUAAAAUCCAACUUAAAGUUACAAAAAAAGAUUAUUAAAAAUUUAAAUGAGUUAAAAGUUCUGAUAAACACAUGAUGUUCGAUUCUUGCAUGGGAGGUAGUCUAUAUAAGACCCAAGCUAGAACAGAAGAAAGCUCAGAAGAACAUCAAGUUGAACACUUCAAAACAACUUUUCCAGGUUUUAUAUAUAUUCCAAAACCUCACUCAUGGCGAAUGGUUCUGUGCUCUCAGUUGCAGUUAAAAGGCUUGAGGGGAAAGUAGCCAUUAUCACCGGUGGAGCCAGCGGCAUAGGUGAGGCCACUGCAAGACUCUUCUCUAAGCAUGGAGCUCAUGUGGUGAUAGCUGAUAUUCAAGACGAUGUGGGACUUUCUCUCAGCAAUGAGUUGGAAUCAGCAAUAUAUGUUCAUUGCGAUGUGACAAAGGAAGAAGACGUUGAAAAGUGCGUGGACACAGCAGUUUCCAAGUACGGGAAGCUCGACAUCAUGUUUAAUAACGCUGGUACAGGUGACGAGUUCAAACGAAGCAUACUCGACAACACAAAAUCUGAUUUUGAGAGAGUGAUAAGUGUGAACCUGGUUGGUCCAUUUCUGGGAACAAAGCACGCUGCAAGAGUCAUGAUUCCUGCUAGAAGAGGGUGCAUAAUUAACACAGCGAGUGUUGCGGGAUGCAUAGGUGGAGGAGCUACACAUGCCUACACCAGUUCAAAGCAUGGCCUUGUGGGGCUGAUGAAAAACACUGCGGUGGAGCUUGGACAGUUCGGUAUUCGUGUGAACUGUGUGUCCCCUUUUGCGGUUGCAACACCGUUGUUGAGUAAAUAUUUCAAUCUUGAUGAAGAAGGAGUUCGUGAGGCUUAUUCCAACCUAAAAGGUUCUUAUCUUGUGCCCAACGAUGUGGCCGAAGCUGCUCUUUACUUGGCAGGUGAUGAGUCUAAGUAUGUUAGUGCUCACAAUCUUGUGUUAGACGGAGGGUUGACCAAUUCAAAUGUAGGAUUUCCUAUGUUUGAGAAAUCUGUGUAAACAUGUUUUUUGUCUUUAAAUAAUUGUUGGUGUUUUGACGAACAGUUCAGAAACUGUAGCUGCCAGCGUAUUUAGUGGUAUUGUAAUCCUCCAUUUUGCUCAUUUGUGUGCAAAGAAUAAAGAUAGGUUAUGAAAAUUAA